CGGUUUUGGGUGAAUGUUUGCAAGGGGCGCGGCCUCGCUCUGUGAGAAUUCCCCCGGCACAAUGGUAUAAAAGGCUUCUCACCGAUCUGGACGGUAUCAGUCAUCCACAAGACACGACAACCAUGGCAUUCAAGCUCAUCGCCUUCGCUGCCCUCGUCGCUGCCGCCAACGCCGGAGCAAUUCCAGCGCCUCUGGCCUACGCCGCGGCUCCGGCUUACGCUCACGCCGCCCCCGUGGCCUACGCCGCCCCCAUCGCGAAGACCGUCGUGACCAAGACCGUCGACGCCGACUACGACCCCCAUCCCCAGUACAGCUACGCCUACGACGUCCAGGACUCGAUCACCGGCGACAACAAGCAACAGCACGAAACCCGCGACGGUGACGUGGUGCAGGGUAGCUACUCCCUCGUCGAAGCCGACGGAAGUCGUCGUACCGUCGACUACACCGCCGAUCCCGUCAACGGAUUCAACGCCGUCGUCCACAAGGAACCCGCCGGUGUAGCGAUCAAAACCGUCGCCGCCGCCCCCGUUGUCGCCAAAUACGCCGCCGCCCCGGUCGUCGCCAAGUACGCCGCCCCCGUCCACUACGCCGCACCAGCUGCUCACGUCAGCUACGCCGCCCCAGUUGCUCACGCUCCCCUUGCCUACGCCGCCGCUCCAGCUGCCCAUUACACCUACUCGGCUCCAGCUGUCGCUCAUCCAGCUCCUCUUACUUACUCCGCGUACGCCGCUCCGUCAGCUCACGUGACCUACUCUGCUCCCGCCUACGCUUACCAUCAUUGAGUUUAAAUUACUAGUGAUACUUAUUGUUAGCCCCGAAUAAAACAUGAUAUACCAGUAAA